AUGGAUCCUAAUCAUUUUCAUUAUCAACAAGCUAUGUUCAAUUUCAUGCAAAAUUAUCAAAAUCCUAAUCCUCAAAAUUCUCAAAUUCCACCGAUGCCACCAUUUUCUACUCAAGUUCCACCAUUUUCUACUCAAGUUCCACCAUUUUCUACUCAAGUUGGUACUGAAAAUGAAGAAAGGGUUGUUGUUAAAAAAAAAUCUCGAGAGCAAUUUACAAGGGAUGAAGAUAUACUACUUAUCCAAUCAUGGCUCAAUGUUUCAAAGGAUCCAAUUGUGGGAGUUGAUCAAAAGGCUGAGAGUUUUUGGGUAAGAGUCGCUGCCAAUUAUAACCAGUAUCGUGGGGAAUCGCGGGAAAAGUUAAAGGGACAAUUAAAAUGUCGAUGGCAUCGAAUAAAUGGCUUGGUUCAAAAAUUUGUUGGGUGUUACAAACAAGCUGUUAAUGGAAAGAAAAGUGGGACAUCGGAGAACGAUGUCAUGGCCGCUGCAAAUGCAUUUUUUGCUCAGGAUCAAGGUACAACAUUCAACCUUGAGUACGCAUGGAGAUUGUUAAAAGAUGAACCUAAAUGGAUGGGAGAAUCGAUUGAAGGUUCUUCAAAAAUAACAAAGACUUAUGCUAGUGAGGCAUCAUCGGAGAAGGGCAUAGAAAAGAACAACGAUAGAUCGAGGUCGUGA